AUGUUGGUGAAAUUAUUAUUCUUUUCAGACCGUGGUGAAUGCGUAAACCAGUGUGUCUCGAGGUACCCUUCGUACUUCCGUGGCUACUACAUGAAAGCCAAUGAUUGCCCAGGAGCCACCCUGACAAACGCAUCUCAAACAGACGGGGAUGUCAUCUGCUGUAUUUUCGAUACUACCAUAGUUCCCUCCAUCCCACAGAAUGUCAGUGUUUCCAGGGAAGUUUAUUUGGCCAUGGUUGGGGAUACCACAAGGACAAGAGCGCUGUAUCCAUUUUAUAUGAAAGCUUUGAGUACAGCGGACAUCAUUGGUAAUAAACUGGAAAUAGCUGCCUUUACUGCCCAGGUAAGUACAAAAAUAAAAUCGCUCGACGGGUGUUUUAUUACACGGGAAAAGCACAAGAAAGUGCACAAAAUGUCUCUUAAGGUGACAAUGAGAAAGGAACAGGGAAUAGCUGAAAGAUGAGGAGUAGGCUUGGAUAAAUUCUGCUCGUAAAAUGGCUUAUUCUGCCUUCCGGCAGUGCUCGUAAAAAUCGCUUAUUCUACUCAAAAUUCUGCUGGGACACCAUUAUUCUGUUCGAAUUCUGCUCGGUAUCCUAAAGACAAUUCUGGCCAUGUUUAUUUUCGCAAAUAUAGAAGGGAGCCUGGGUCUAACCCCUAAAAACUAAUUCGAUAUUCAUUCGUAGCAAAAUUGUAAUUCCUCUUACUUUUAAUGUGAGAGCGUUGUAGCUAUUAAAUAAUCAAAUUAGGGCCUGUUUGUAUGAAGGUGGGGGACCUAAGAUAGGUGAGGUAACAUGUGGCGCGUCAGAGAUUAUAUGGACAGGCGAGUUACCCCACCUAAGCGGGUUACCUCACCUACCUGGCGUACCCCACCUCCAUGUAAGCAGGCCCUUAGUUUUAAAUUUUUCUUACAACUGUUAUGAAUAUCAUUAGUACCGCUGAUUUUCCCUUAUUUCGCUCAAAUUCUGCUCGAAAAUGCCUUAUUCUGCCGGCAGAAUGCUCGCCUCAAAAAUCGCUUAUUCUGCUCGAAAUUCUGCCGGCAGAAUUUAUCCAAGCCUAAUGAGGAGUAGUAAUAAAAUCGAAUUGUAAAAUAAGCACCUCAAUUUAGUAUUCCAAAUACUUUUUUCUAUCGGAAAGGAGUGCUGAAAAAAAAAAGGAAAUAAAGAGAAAAAAAUCCUAAGCGUGGUUCGGUUAAUGAUCGCUACCAUAGCUACAAAGCGCUAAAAAAAGCAUAGCGAUCUAAACGAUCGUAGGUGUUAUAUAGACAAACCGGCAAGCUUAAGUCUUCAAGUGACCGUUGCUGCGCUGUCCUUAGCAUGACCAACAAACUGCGAAUUUUGUCUUUAUUUAGAUUCUAUAUCAAACUUCAGGACUGAGACUUUCAGAGGAAAGUUCCUAUGGAGAAAAGCCCACCAACGAAGAAGGAAAUGACAAACGCAAAUUUAAAAGUCGUGGAUUUCUUCCUUUAAUCGGACAACAUUUUUAUGAACUGGCUUCAUCUGCUGUCAAAGAGGAGAUUAUUGGUUAGUAUAACAACAACAACAACAACAAAUUUUUUAUUUACGUCAUGCAUGAUUGCAAACUAAGAUAGCUUAGCCCGCAAAUAGCACAAGCUAAUCUAGUCGGUCUAAAAAAGCGAAAACUAAUAGUUAUAAUAAUAGUAGUAAAAUUAUAAUGAUGAUGAAAUAAAAAUAAUUAAUUAAUAAUUUAUUAAUUAUUAUGAUAAUAUUAAAUAUCGACUAUAUAGCAAUGUUUAAACGAACAGAGAAUCGAACAGGUUAAGGAAACGGUCUUCCUCGGUGUAGUCCUUGAUGAACAUCUGUCUUGGAAACCGCACAUUUCUCAAGUAGCUCGUAAAAUCUCGAAAUCAAUAGGUGUCAUUAAUAGAGCAAGAUUUUUUCUACCUAAACCGUGUCUAAAAACUCUUUAUUAUUGUUUAGUUUAUCCUUAUCUUCAUUAUUGUAUUAUUGUCUGGGGAUCUACGUACAAAACCAAUCUUCGCCGUCUUGUCUCUUUGCAAAAGCGAGUUAUCAGAAUUAUUUCUAAAUCAACUUUCGAUUCUCAUUCAGACCCUAUUUUCAAAGAAUUAGAGCUACUAAAACUUUCCGAUAUUAGACAGCUAGAAUUAGGUAAACUUAUGUUUUCUCUUAACCAUUCUCUUUUGCCUUCAAAGUUCAACAAUUAUUUUUCUUUAAACAAACAAGUCCAUAGCUAUGCCACUAGACACGCGAACGAUUUUCACCUUCCCUCUUGUAGAACAAACCUCCGUAAAUUUUCUGUCAGUUUCCAAGGACCUACUUAUUAUAACACUAUAGAAAAUGAUAUAAAAGAAUCUAAUUCUCUCCACUUAUUCAAAACGAAAUUGAAAAAAAAAUUAUAUAUGAAUUAUUAGUUAUAAAUCUUGUAGUAAAUAUAGUUAUAUUUCUUCCAUGUCUGAUAUUAUUUUUAUACUUAUUGUUACUUGUACCAUACCUUAUAUUUUGUCAACUCAGUCUAUGUAAUUAGUUAAUUUAUACUUACCUUCAGUGUAUUUUGCUUUCGAUCCUGGCCUUACCGUUACUGUUAACUUUAUUUUUACUCUGAGGGAGCCCAAUGUCUAUAAGCCUCAUGGUUUCUGUUUGGGCUUCCUCGCCACUUUCAUUUGCUUUUGUGUAACUGUCUUGUUUUAUCGUUAUUUGUAUUUUUGUGGUAAAUCAAAUAAAGUUAAAGUUAAAGUUAAAGUUAGUGAAUUAAGAAAGUGAAAAUAACAAAGAAAUAAUUAUAGAACGCAGUGAUCAGCGUGAGAUACAUGAGGUCAUCAUGAUAUGUUCUAAAGACAGUCAUUGCGGGCGACAAAAGGAGCCCGCAGCCUAUUCUUGGUCAGCGGCACUCUAUGAACUGUAUAGCGAUAUUUUUCCCGAAUCUGUUCAUAUUCUUGGGAUGCCCGUGUUGUACCGACUAUUAUGCAUGGUAUUUGGCCGCUAAGGCCCUGGUGUUGAGUUUAAGGUCCGUCUGAUGUCACGGUAAUCACGUGAACGCACGUGCAAGUAAUGCAAUACUUAUUAUUACAUUCGAUAAUUCAGGUUCGAUUCAGGUACAGAAAAACUGUACUAAAUGGGAGACCUUUUGAUUCGCCUUGCUGGCUUGGAAUCUAAGUUUACUCAGGAAAAUAAAAGUAGACCGUGAUCUCAGCUUAGUGCGAGACACGUUAUCGCUAAGAUACGAGUGCUAGCAAAGUCUAAAAAGCGAUUUAAAUUAAGUUUUUCCAGGUUUCACUACAGUGCAUAGUUUUUAUAUCUUAUACGUUUCCAAUCAUGUUACGUCGCUUGUCAUCCGAAACCUUCAAUAAGCUUUAAACUCCAGUGGUUAUUUAAGCUUUGAAAAAAUUAAACAGCUCAACUGUUAGGAGGCGAAAUAGGUCUAGAUGAAACUUUGUCCCCAGGGUUUUUAUGCGAGGGGCUGUGGACAAGGGAAAGGCCUAGAGGGCGAGUCUGGACUAAAUGAUUAGUUUUUGCAUUUAUUAAAUUUUUCAGCAUAACCAUUUUAGGGCACAUUUACAAACUUAUGGUCCGCCAAGGUGGUUAAAAAUCUAUUUUCUUUGCUAACAUCCCACAAAAUUGAAAACACUCGCAGAUCAGCCGGAGAUGGUGGCUUUGCCAUCCAUUGGAUUCAAGGUGGCUUCAUGGCUGUGGAAAGAAGGGUACGCCUCAGCUCGUAAUAUCAGCCUAACCACAGGGAGUAUGGGAGACUACUGUAAUGGAACUGAAUACAGCUUCGUUGAGUUAUCUCACAAGAUUCAAAAUAGUUCCACGGGGAUUGAACGACUUUUCCAGUACUGGAGACACACUACUAAGGUAGCUGUUUUUAGCUUGUUUUUCUUACACUCAAGCCAGUGACACAAGUACCUAUGCCAAGAGUUAUUGUAGCUAGCGAGUGAGUGAGCGUUUUCAUAUGAACUUUCCCCUUGGAAAGAAUUUCACGUUCCAAACUUGGUUCCACAGGUUCUUGGUCUUUCAUGUCCAUCCCAAGGCCAAGGGCCGUUGUGUUACUCGGGGCAAAGAAAAGGACGUUGUAAACUCAUGAAGAGCUGCAAAGGAGAGUACACUACAGAGGGUUGCCCUGGAGCGUCACCUAUCGCCUGUUGCCUAGGUAAUGGUAUAGUUUAGUUUAAUAUAAAAACUUACGGCCAAAAAGUGAAAGACUGUGAUUGCUGAGUAUGACCAAUUGGCUCAUUCUCUCUUGGUAUGACCUAGAGAAGUAUGCCGAUCCGUAGUCAAGGAGGGUGUUAUCCGCCGAGGUCGAAGACCGAUGGGGAUAACACCCUCCGAGGCCUUCACAACUGAGAUUCCAACAAAACCUAGGAAUCCAAAACAAGAGAUAAUGAGCUACCUCAUUCUCUCUUGUCCAAAAUUAUUAUUCAAAAUAAUUCGCACUUUCAAAACAUGCUUACCUCGAUCAGUUCGACCGCAAAACAGGUGAAAUUUUUCGCCAUUUUCUCCAGCUCUAACAAAACAGCUGAGCUAACAGAUCCUCUUCCCCAGGGCUUCUUGGUUGCCGUAGCUUUUUCUGGCGAUAGCAUGCACUACACAAACGACAUUUUAACAGAUAUGUCUUUUUAACUAUUACUUUUUAGAAGUGUAUAUGACAUUUUGGCAGCAAAAUACCGUAUAACUGGGUAAAAAAAAAAAUGCUUAAGAUACCGUGGAACCCUAACUUCUAGUUGGGUCUACAUAAUUUUUCCUGUUAUUGAUAAAAUACAAAUCUAUUUUAUUUUUAUUGGUAAAAUAUAGUGCUAUUUUAUUGCACACUUUACUUAGUUACCCGGUGAAUAGCUGAAAAUUAGGUUUUCUUCCAUCACCACAGAAAAGGUUUGAAGGCGGGAUAUUAGAGAAUAAGAACUCCUAAAUAAUGCUAGGUAGUUAAUAGAGUCGUUUUGUGGUAUAGGUUCAGAAUUACGGGAAGUUGUCUAUCGUCACCGUAGUCUCCACAUGUUAAAAACGAGACCUGAUGGUCAGCUGGUAUUUCUUGGGGCAUUUUCCGUCUGAAAAAUAACUGCAAGUAGCACUUAAUGGCAUCUCGACAUUAAUUGCUGCUAAAGGCAAUAGUAUUUCAUUAAAAUAAUAUAUAGAUUUAGCCAGGGCUAAAAGCGAGGCUCCCAUUAAUAUAUUUAUAAUUUAAAUCAAACAAUAAACUUGUAUUCCACAAUUCAGUUAACUUUAGAGCACAUAGCACAUUCAUGUGACUUUUGAGGGAAAGGCUAAGUGAUUUUAGAGAAAAAUAAUUUGCAAACAGCCCAUGCCAAGAGUGAGCCAAAUCUUACACCGAGUUGAUAUCCUCAUAUGUACACCCAAAAAAUAGCAAUCAUCUUCGAUAACAUUUAGGAGCCAUAAUGGCUCUUGAUCACCGUAAGAUUAAUUAGGCCUGGAAAAAAAAUCAGGCCGAAUUUUUUUGCGUUCGACAAGUUUACUUUACAAAAUCUUGUCAACAAAUCCGGGUGCAUGUAAACCAACCUUUUAUACCAUUUAUACAUCACAUCUGAGCUGAAACAGUACCAUGAGGUACUCUUUUUAUCAUACAGACCUCGGACAGAAUGCAGUAUUUCACAAUUUUGCAACACAAAUUGCACUCAUUCAAUAUUCAGGACGAUCGAAGCACGCGUGGGCUCUUUAAACCGUUAAAAAAAUUUCCAAAAUCACCUAUACGGCCAGCCAGUUCUCACUUUUGCAGUGCGAGCUACAGCGAGUGUUUGAACGAACAUACUAGAAUUAAGCUGCAACAUAAUAAAGAAAUUAUCAUGUUUAUUCCGUUUUAUCAAAUGGUUUUAUCCAUGUGUAAUCUUUAAAAGCGCUGGUUUGAUACGCGCGGCAUUUUGAGUACUCCUGCAAGCGAUGUUCACUGAACGACUGAAAACAAACGGCACGGCGAUUGAAAUUACAAGAGAGACUACCAACAAUCAAUAAAAGAAAUAUAAUUCGGUGAAACAUAUACAGAAACAACAUUUUUCAUUCACGAAGACAAGUAUUAAAGCGUCUCUAAAAAUCCUGAGUCUUCAAGCUUAAAGCUUAAGUUUAUGUUUUAAGCCGGCUUCCCGGUAUUUACUUUUUUCAAAGAUGAACUUGAGGCAAGAAAAUCGCUCAAAGCUUUCUUUUACAGCCAGAAUUAUAACUAAAUGUUCUUUGGAACGUUUUCUUUCUAUUUGCGGUAAGAAAAUGUCUAAAGGCUUUUUAAAGUUCUGUAAGCUUAUAUCAAACCUGAUUCUUGGUCAUAUCAAAUUGUCUCAAAUCUUACAAACGUGCAUAAACUACACAGCUGCAUAAACUGCGCUCGACUUCAUUAAAUUAGAUAUAAAAACCAAACAUCAAACGCAGUAAUUACUGAGGCUUACCAUUCGAGAUGCAGCUCCUGAAAGGUAUCAAGGAAGGCUAGUAUCAUUUCAGACUUUUCAACCCUUACGCAUCAAGCAAGGUGAAAAGCGAAAUCGAUGCUAUCCGAAAUCGGAUUUUCGACUUUGACAAGUAAUGUAUUAAUUUCUCAACCAAAAUCCAACUAGCCAUGAAUAACAUAAGACUCCUGACAGCAGCUGAAUUUCAUUUUGUGCUUCCAGUGGAAAAAGACAGUUAAAAAUAUCACACGUUGACACGAAACUCUGUCAGCUUCAGCUGUCAAAGUAAACAAGAUUCAAAAUGCUGCAUAAAUUUUCCGCAUGAGCUCACCUGUCAAAUUUUGACCAAUCAGAGCAUAAAAAUUGGACGUAGAGCGUGACCAACGCGUGACCAUGGUGAGCAAAGUCAAAAGCAACUGCCUUCCCUGCCUGUAAUAGCUGGCUGAAUUUUCGCGUCCGAGGUCAGUUCUAAAUCAAAAUUUUAAUUGUGCGCCACAAACACAAAACAUAUUUCAUAUGAAUUAAAAACAAUCAAACUUGAGCCUGCGAUCAUUUGAAAACUAAUAACUUGUCAGCGGGUAACUUCAAAAAAAUACUCGACCACAAUGGGUCAACACCUGAGCCCGCGACACGGUCAAGGGAUACUGGUCAGCGGAUACCCUGUUUUGACAGCUGUCAAUUGAUCACAACAUUGAUGUCCAAUGGAUGUGUGCAUCAUCAGUUUUCCUGUGCUCUCAAAUUAGCUAGAAAGUAUGAGAUUGAACAUUGAUUGCGAUCUAGAGAAACAACUGGUCAGCGGACAGCUUCCAAGUAAAUCACGUCACCUUGAUGAGUUGACACAUGAGCCCUCGAUAUGGCAAUGUGAUACUGGUCAGUGGCUAUCCUGUUUUUACAGCUGUCAAUUGACAUUGUGAAUGGCCAAUAUAAAAGACAUGGGUUUGCCAAGACACACCUGAGACACCCCUCCCUUCCUUUUGAUAGUCUCUCCUACCCUACCUGUACAAUCUGUAGACGCGUACGUACGUACGCUCGGUCAGUCACGUGACAACCAAACGAAAAGAGGUUGACCAUAUUCUAUGAGUAUGGGGCUCUGUCCCACGCGCGCUUCGCGCGCGAGGGAGCCCCGCUAUUAGUCUCGUGACUUAUCACUAGACGUAUAUUCUGCGGGGAAUAAAAUAAAAAAAACAAAAACAAAAACAACAGAACCCAAAAAAAUUGGGCAGGCCACAUCUGGACUUGCUUGUCCGAAAAAAUGUUCUUUUUUCACUUGGUUUCUUUACUCAUUUUCUCAGAUUGUCAGAAUCCGAUCGACUUGGCCUUUGUGUUGGACUCCUCUGGAAGUGUUUCUCAAGCAAAUUUUCAGCUUGGAUUGCAGUUUAUCGUUAGAGUCUGUGAAUACUUCGACAUCGGAUAUCCUCAUGGAACUCGAGUUGCUGUCAUCAGAUACAGCUCCGCUGCAUCGAUAUUGAUCCGUUUUAAUACGUACAUCAACAAGGAAGAUGUCCUCAAUGCAAUAAGGGCAAUACCCAGGCAGGUUGGCUCGACGCGUACUGAUUUAGCCCUUUUAUUAGCUAAUAGGGAACUUUUUAAUAACAGUGAUAACGGAGUGAGGCCGAAAGACUUAGGAGUUCCCAGAGUGCUUGUUCUUCUUACAGACGGAAGGUCCACCUCGGGAAUAAAAAAGGUGAUCGAGCAGUCUAAUUUGCUCAGACAGGAAGGCGUUAAUAUCUUUGCUAUGGGCAUUGGGCGGAACAUCAAUAACGAUGAACUAAACAUUAUUGCCAGUGACCCAGACGUUGAUCAUGUUUUUUAUCCCAAGACGUAUGCUGAAGUAAACUCCAUGGUAGAAAAAAUGCGCGAGGCUUCAUGUUAUGGUGAGUAUUAUUUUAAGGUCUUAUCGUGAACUGCUGUCAUUAUCUAAAUUCUGAUUGGCCCUUGGCACGCUUUUCAUUAACGGAAAAAAGUACAGUGGACUGCGAAGAAUAUAAUGGAAAAUUAUAAAACGAAUCUGCCUCAAAAGUGGUAGCGGUUGAUUACGAGAAGUGUUCGUUUACGAGAGGUUCUAACUAUUGGGCUUUGAUUUUGAAAAAAAGAUGGUAUUUUGGAUAACAGGUCGCUUAUGGGAGGUGGUCGCACAUGGAGGUUCGACUGUGUUUAUACCUGUUAAGAAGGUUGUCAUUUCAAUGUUAAACAAGACUCCAAUUGCAAUUGUUUGUAGAAAAUAAUAGUUCUGUCUUACAAAACUUUCCCAGAACCCGCAUUACUUGAAGAAGAAAAGGAGGUGAUGUCAGACGUCCAGUCAAACACUGUUAAGUAUUACAAGUACGAUUUACAGAACAAAACAGGGAUAAAAACCUUGUUUAUUGAGACAAUGGGUGGUGGAGGUCGCGUAUCUGUAUCCAUGAAAGAUACGAAUCCCCGAGGCCAUCGAUUUAACCUUGGAUUUUGUGAAACUGGUAUUGGUGAUAAUUUCACCACAAGUGGAGAUAUCUUUAUGCUGGAGGAGCUUGAAAGCAACGACUUUUGUGAUGUCCAUGAAAAUGGAGGUUGUACUGAACCUCGUUUUGUAUCCGACGAUGAGUUCUUGGAGGAGGGAAUCAUUACUUAUGUGAAAAGAUGCUCGAGCAGGUGGUUCUAUGUUUCUAUCGAAGGAUUCAACAGGACAAAUAAAUUUAAUCUGACGCUAUAUAAAGAUUUCAUCCGGACAAAUAAUAUAGAGGUGAGUUGUGUUGUAGAAUUUAAAGAGCAAAAGGUGAACACUUACUCAGAAAUUAUUUCCCAACCCUUCACUGUUGAGCUCUUUUAGCGAGAAAGAUGUUUCAAUUUUUAAGUCUGUAAGCCAAGAAUUUAUUUAGUUGAAUGUGCGCCUAGUUAUUUAUAUAUUUAUAAAUUCCAUUUAUUGGUAUUUCACAAAUUAAACUUCUGGGAGAAUUUGGCAAUCUUUCGGAAAGACAGUGUUUAGCCGAUACAUGUAGUUGUUCGUUACCAAGUUGCUCAAACUCCUUUGGGCUCUGUUCCAGGGCAGGAGCCCCUAACCCGGAGCGAGCAACUUCCAUGCCCUCGUGUCACCGCUUUUUCACGGAUCAGUUUAUUUUUAGAAGGGUUUUUGCCCAAAUUUUGUAUAUCUUGUAAAUUCCACAAACCAGUCAGCAAAACCUGAAGACCUAACAAGGAUAUUUUUUGCCUUUUAAUAACGUUUAGUUUUCCUUAUAAUUCGAAUGAGCUCAUAGACAUGGUGGAGAUUCUAUUUUUCGCCGGAAAAAUUGCCCUAAAAUGUAUCUAAAAAUAAACUGGUCCGUAAAAACGCCGUGACAUAGGCUAGUGUGAGAGUUGCUGGCUCCCGGUUAUAGGCUUCUGUCCAGGUUAAGUGUAUAUCUGAUAGCAGCGAAAAGAAACAACAAAAAACACAUACCGUAAGCUGCCACUUGUAAGCCCCGCUAGUUUUAGACCCAUCUACCUCUUAACAAAAAAAGCAUCCGAUCUCUGAUAAGCCACCCGCUAGCUCUUCUUUCUUAAACUCGAUUUAUGAAGACGCUUUAAGUGAAUUAAAAGCCAGUAAGUGUAAAACGUUUUUUAGAUUAGCACUGCUAUAGCUCUGUUUCGACUGAGCACUUUUUCUAUUUUGGUUAAAGCCUCCUUGCUUCCUUGGGUAUAAACCCUUCCAUUUAAAAAAGCCUUAUUACUUCUUCUGUCUCAAGGUAUCUUUCCUCUUUUGGUUAGAAUAUCACCGAAGAGACAGAAACGAAUAAGACAGCCACCUUUCCGAUUCCACAGAACGUUUACGUUGGAGUGGCAGUGGCCACUAUUGGCACAACAGCCACGAUAGCCUCCGUGGUUACCCUCUCGUAAGUAUUAGCAAUAUUAUUGAAUGAGGCUGAGUAUCAUCUGAAGAAUUAUGAAGAUCUCGGGGGGUGUUAUGAUUGCCGAAUUCAAUAAUUGUUUUAUUAUUCAUUCAAAAUAAUUCCUAGCUUAAAAACAAGCUAAAACCUCCGUCGAUGCUAAGUUCAUCUCGAUAUAUUGUACUUGCAUGUUUAUCGGGACGUUUAGAAGAUAAAGGGCUGUUCAAGUCUGCAAAUAUACCCCAAAUAGCAGAUGUCAUCCAUCUAGUUGUCUUCUUGCUGUUUUUGCUAUGUUUUUAGGCAAUGGUUCGCCGUAUAACGAGUAAAAUGUUCGACCAUUUUGUUCUCACUACCAAAACAACUCAAACUCGUUCCCAGGUUUUUCUCGGCUAACAGUUCAACUGCACGAUUGACGUCAUCAGUUCAAUAUCGCAAAAUCCUUCCAAAUUUGGUCGACAAUAGCUGGUUAUGAUGAAUUAUGCGUGGGAUUUACGUCAGUUAGAAACGGGGAAAAUUUUUAAUUACUAAUAAUAACAUUUAUUGAUGGUACAUUUAUUGAUGGUCCUAUAUGGCAGUACAAAGUCAAAAGGAAAUAAGCAAAAAGGGAGGCAACCGAAAACUAUAAAUGUCUUGAUGAUUCCUUGGUCCAAAGGGACUCAUGGAACUUACCAUUGUCAGAACUGGCCGUCGAGACUAAUUCAGCCAGAAAGAGAGUGUCCAGCCAGAUCAGUCAAUGCGUGAAAAUAUGAAGGCAGUGAUGAGUUUUUCGCUAAAACUUCCGACAAAACCCCUUUUUCAUUUUCAGUAUGACCUGUCUACUGGGCAGUUCUGACCUAGCUAGGUACGUAAGCGCCAAGUGCCCUGUCCUUGAAAGGCUCAUUAGCGCUAAUCCAGGAUUAAUAUUUUAUUGCACGAUUGUAUUUACCUUUAUAUAGAUUUUGAUUAAAACUAUCAUUUUGUGUUAUCAUAACUGCAUCUCAUAGUGAAGUCUGUGCAAUACCUUACAUGCUUCAAUUACAUGUUCCUUGAAAAAAUCUCGUUUAAAAACUUUGGCUUAUCCCUGGCGUUUAUCUGACCAUCCUUCGAGGAACCACGCCUAUGUAUUUACGGCUCUUAGACCUUUUCGCCAUUGCGAUAGUGUUACUCAGUGCUUUCACUCAUUGCUCACUGACAUUAUUAUGCAAGUAAACUAACAAUAAAAAAACGUAAUAUAGGAUUAAAUUAAUUGGUAGAAUACUUGAUUGGUCAUUUGAAUAUCAUUUUUUUUAUUGUAUUUUAAUCACAGGUGCGCAAAGGACUUUCAAUUAAAAGGAUCAACCAAAAUAAAAAAGAGGAAGAGGAAAAACAAUAAAAAUGCAGAAAAGAAUAAUAAUGGUACCGUUAACAGCGGUUUCGAAAAGGAUGAUGAGGUUAAUAAGGAUGUGAAAUUUGAUAAUUUGCGAAAUCGCAGUUCUACUCUUUCCCCUUUGAUUGAAAAAUACGAGCACAUGUCAUCUGAAGAGCCUUCUAGAAUUGCCAUUGAAGAGAGAAAAGGGAGACAAAGGGUUUGUUCUAUUGACGUAGCCGAGACGGAAAACACGCAAAUAAAGAAAACAAGAUCUUCCUCUUUUUCUGCUGAAAAUCAAGGGAGGAAAUCGUCUACACAAACAGUGACCAUUGCAAAUACAAAUGAAACUAAGCGUCGUCCCACUCGCAUAAGCCUAGUUUCUUCUAUGAUUCAAGAUUUACAACGAGAAGAUACAAUUAUUAAAGAGACCACUACAUCAGUCAAUCCAUCUGGUUCCGCGGAAAAACGGAAUUCUCGCGUGGAGAUGUCGCAGUUCAAGCGACAGAUUACGAGCACAAGUGUGUCUGUAUCGCUUCGGACACGUCCAGAAACACCUAAAACGCCUCAACCCAACAAAGAAGAAUCGGAUGAAAAAACAGCUUGCUGUUUUAGGUGGAAGCCAUUUUAUUCGCAAAAUAAAGCACAGAAGUCAAGAAAGAAAGUCGGAAACAGUACCGACAGAAUUGAUCUUGAGAAAAGCAUAACCGAAGAAGAAGACAAUAAAGAAGAAAAAGUUAGUUUCGUUAAACGGGUUAAAAGGAAAUUAACAUGGCGCAAUGCUUUGGCUGUUCUUUUCCCUUGUUUUACAUACUACAUUCUGAUGAAGGGAAAUAAAGAGAAGCCGUCAGACAAUAAAGAAGAUAAGAGCGAGAAAGGCCACUGCGAAAUGAGGUAAAGGAGCGAUCCUUGGUAUCUAAUGCAGCUGCUUGAAACCACUAAGGAAUACGUGUUUGGUUAGCCUCUAGGAAGUUGUUUCAUCUAAAUCAGUCGCUGGAGGGUACUCAACUCAGGGUACCAAUUUCGUAUACCUUCUAUUAACAAACGGCACCCCUUUCACAUAGCUUCCCUUUAAGCUGCUGUAAAUACAAUGUCUACUUAAAAUAUGUAUAAAUCACAAAUCAGAACGUUUCAUCGACUUCUUCACAACCAUAAAAUGGAUCUGUUAACCUUUUCGGGCCUUUUCACUGACCGAGGUGCCGAAGUGACAGAUUUCCCUAGCCUUUCAUGAAGCGUGAAAAAGGUACCCUUACCGGGCGGAGCCUCCCCGUAUAGGUCAUUUUAGGGAAUACACCACGGAAAAUCAUUAGUAAAGGUUUCAUCCACAAGGCGUCAGUAUGGUAGCUUCUACUGUGCUUUUGAGGGUCUCCUUGAAAAUACUGAUAAAUUAACUAAUGUUAGGCGUAAAAUGUUACUUUGUUUAAACGUGGAAGAAAUGUAAUUGCCUAUCUGUCAGUUAAUCGACCACAGUGAAAAGUUCCCAAAGCUGCCAUACGAGCGGUCGCUUGUUCGAGAAAUUAUAUACAGUGGUCAGUGGAGCUAUGAUAAUGAUAGAAACAGGGUUACGUGGAGACAAGAAUAAAUAAGUUGAUUUCUUUUCACACAUCACAGGGACCGUCGCUUCGAAAGAGACAUGCAGAUGACUCAAGCAUUUUGUGUCUUGUUAUCCCAGCUCUUGUUUCUGGCAGGAGCUGAUGCUAGAGAUAAUCAGGUAAAUAAAUAUAUAAUACUGUGGUUUUUAAUUCAAUAAAGUGGUUUUCAUUCCUUUCAAGGAAUUUCAAUGAAAUUUAAAAAACAAGCAACAAUAAUUGAUUAGAGGAAUAUUCUUGAUUAGGCGUUUCUAUGGUUACUUUUUUUACAUGACUCUAGUGGCCAAUUAAAACUCAAAACUCCCAAAAGUUUCUCCCUUAAGGGUUUGUAAACUUGAUGUACUUUUUUCACCCAUCUUUUUCUCCCGAGGAUCCCGACUGUACCGGUGACCACUGAUAUAAGUGUUUUUCUCGUGUCCUACAUUUUCUCUAUCCCUAUUUAUUGGUCUUUACUCUUGGAGAGUUUUUGUCCUGUUUUCUGAGUGGACAGACUUGUCGAUGAACCUACAGGUUCUCUUGUCCUUGUCUUACGUGUUCUAUCUACUGUAUUUACCUGGAUCUCUUUUUCCUUAUGGAUGGACUUUGUCCCAGAGUAUGGUAGUUACUUCGUUUUUGGUGACUGCUGACGUUCGUGUUAGUGUGUUAGUAGGGAGCUUAAGCAACGACGACGCGGACGGCAACGAGAACGGCAAAAAAGCAAUAGGUUUGAUUAGCAAAACAACAACUUUGCACGUGCAUCACGCUUUUUUUGUACAUUUCUUUGCCGUCAUUGCCCGAUUUCACGUUUUGUCGAGGACGGGAACACAAGACAACAACUUUCUUUUCUUUUCCUGAACUUUGAUACAGUCCUUUAGAAUUCAACUCCAAAAACAUUUGCCAACAUUUGACGAAGUAAACGAGAUGGAAUAAACGCGAUAAAGUUUGAAGCAGCGCAAAUUCACUUUUUAAGUGACGUUUUUGUAGCCGUCGCCGUCGUUGUUGCUUAAGCUCCCUAGUAAUACUUGUCUGAUACUUGAUGUUGUAGUACUGGCAGUAUGCUGUUGCCUUGUCGCCAUUUUCCCUAGCUCUCCUAAACAACUGAGCUUAUGCAGACCUUGUCCUCCCUGGUUCCCAUCCCCCUUUCUGGGUAUAGCCUGUACUAUUAACGUCAUUUUAUCGGAUAUCGGAAACUUCUUCCAAAUUUGAUGAACACUACCUAAUUGGGAAGAAUUAGCCAAGGGCUUUUGACGGAGCAAGUCAGAAACGGAGAAAUAUUUUGAAUGGAUAAUAACGAAAUGUAAGAUCAAAUGAUCUAUAACACUUAACCACCGUCGUAUUCAUUCUCUCAUUUUGUUUCCCUCAGAUUGCCUGUGCUGUUGUGGCUAUUGCCAUGAAUUACCUUUCUCUUGUAACGGUUACUUGGCUUAUUGUACAGGCCAUGUAUCUUUUUUCCUUCACGAGAAGUAGAGAAAGUGAAACCAAACAGAGGCUGAAAAUUAAUCUCUAUUACGCAGGCGCAUGGGGC